CUAACUACGAUUAUCAUUCCUCUAAGAUUUUUUCCAGGGUGUGCUUGUGUAUCGAGAACAAGCAAGAGUGAGUUGAGGUUGAGCGUACUCUUUAUUCCAGCAACCUUGGGAUAUUGAAUCAACAUUAGGACAUACAUUGAUUCUCUUCGCAAUAAUAUUUGUGUUUUCUUAGAGUUAGAAGUGCAUACUAUUUCUGACCACGACGACAGAUUCAGAUCACAAGUAGAAGGAUUCAUUAAGACUUCGCGUGAAAGGAUUCACGCAACUAGAAUGAAGGCGUUAGUGCGAAGUGCUCUCCUCUUGCACGGUGGUGCAGCAUUGAUUGGUACAGUGUACGAAGCGGUUGUGGAAAGACUUCUCUCUACUUCGAGGACGAGGACCAGCUUUCCUACUACUUCCACGUCUACUAUUCCUUCCGAGACCACCAGUACUACUUCCAAGACCACCAGUUGUACUUCCAGGUGGUCUACUAGUUCGUCCUUAGCAGGUAGAACAGGAAGGGAUCACCACCUCAACCUGGUACUAGGGGUAUCAGCUCAACAGGCAAAGGAUGACUUUAAGGCAGCCGCUGAAGCAUUCCUUUUUUCCUGCAUCAUUUGUGGUAUCUACUAGUACUAUCUAUGCGCUGUUCUUGAAGAUACUGUUGGGUAACUCAUAUAUUACCCCGGCAUAAGACCACCUGUUAUGAUAGAACGAAUUGCAUAGAAGACAUCCCGAGGGAUAACACUCGCCCCCGCCUCUUGCUGCCCCAGUAUCUCGUAUCCCGUGACCUGAGUAGCGAUUUGCUGCAGGUGUUGACAGUUGUGUUGGUCUUCUGUGCGUUUGCGGUUUGUUUCCUACCGCUGAAGCAUUCUUCUACCUUGAUCUUCAAAGAGUCUACUCGAUAAGUCUUAUUUAAUAAGACUUAUUACUCCCAAAAUAAGUAAAAAAGUAAGGACGAUGCGAACGCAGUACUACUCUAAUGACGUGUAUGCCACAUUAGGAGUUUCGAAAGACGCGAGUGAUGUUGAAAUCAAAAAAGCGUAUCGAAAACUUGCACUCAAGCUCCAUCCGGACAAGAAUCCCGAUAACCGGGAACAGUCGGAAACAGAGUUUAAAAAGGUAAAUGAGUUUGAGUCAGUUGUAUGCGCUUUUUUAGAUUACGUAUCCCUUUGUAGGAAAGAAUGUUGCUACUAGAGAUGCUGGUGGCAGCGUGAAUGAAUGAAUGAAAGAAGCAGGGUUUAAAAAGGUAGUAAAUGAGUAAGCAUGCUUCUUUGUAGCUAGCUGUGGCUGUGCAUUUUGAUUUUGAUCAUCAUGUUGCCAUAAUUUAUUCAUGGUUCUCCUCGUGUGCAUUAACUUUAACGUCGUCCUUGAUCUUCAUCAAGAUCAAGAAAAUUGAACGAGCAUCUUUUUCUUCGAAAUGAGUCGAAUAUUCUUACUUGACCAGCGUAGAAUUGACCAGCUGGACCAGCAUUACAACCUCGAAUACACUGUCUGACCUAGUACAACUUCGAACCACCACAUACACUGACAGGUGACUGCCGCUUACGAGAUUUUGAAAGAUCCUGAAAUUAAGGCUCGGAAGUUGACCUCUCUAUGAGCCUCUUUAUGGUUUCUUCAAGUAGGAAAGCCAUGGACAGGCGACCUAGAUUGGUCAACUUUCAGCCCCUAAUGAAAAGCGUAAGCAAUAUGACCAAGGUGGCAUUGACUUUGGGAGUGCUGAUUUCGCGCACACGAACUUCGAUGAUAUCAUGAAAGGCUUCGGUUUCGGCGGUGGCGGUGGUGGCUUUUCUUUCAUUAUGGUCUUGCAGUUAAUUAGAGAUGCUACACCCCGAGAGUGGGUACUGGUACAUCAAUCAAUCAAUGAAUCAAUCACUUGAAGUAGUAGUGUCGUAGACUGACACACACUUGGCGUGAGUACAUUAUUUCUCUCAUCUCUCUCAGCAACAUUGUUUUGGUAAUUAUUAUUUAUAUCCUUUUGUUGUUCCCAUAGAAGAGUUGUAGUGCUACAAGGGAAAACAAAGGUCGUGUAGUUUCACCGAGCUAUUGAACGGGCUGAGGAGCUAUUGAACCCGCUGAGGAGAUCGACGAUUCAAGCACAGAAGAUGAUUCUUCAAGCACCUCCACACUGCUGCCUGUUUCUACAAUUAUCCAUGAUGUUGAUUUCGUCUAAUAUCCACGUCGAUGACAUUUUCAAGGGUGCGUUCGGUGGAGAGGAUCCUUUUGGCGACAUGGAGACGCUAAUGAAACAAAUGGAACAAGAACUUAACUUCGGAGACGCUGGUCAGGAGGACCAGCAGGGUCAGGAGAACAAAGGGAAUGGACAACAGCAGAAGCAUUAUGAACAAGAGUUAUUUGAAGGGUUAUUUGAAGGGGCAAUCUUCAAAUAGCAGAGUAGUUUAUAGCACGCAUGGUGCAUGGAGUAGCAUGGAGUGCAUGGAGCGCAGAGCUUUAAGGGGCGCAAGAAGCUCCCCCUUUAGCUCCAUGCUACUCCAUGUGAUCCAUGCACUCCAUGCCAUGCGAGCCGUGAAACCUUAUAAACUGCUCUGAAAUAGGUUUUUUACGCCGUAGUUGCAACCUCCACAGUUCUCAACCUCCACAGGGUGUCUGUCACAAGACCUUUUCAGUUUGACAGGUGUUAUCAUCUACAGUUUCGAUAGGAGAAGACAACGAAGUUUUCGAUAGGUACGCCGAUUCUACCUCUACUACUCAACAAGUACAGCGCUAACAAAUACAACAGCGUCGUGAUCCGAUGGCUGAUCUUUUUGGCGGUAUGGGUGGGUUUGCCGGUAUGGGAGGUGGAGGCGGUGAUGACCCUUUUGCUGGUUUGUUUAUGAUGAAAGGACCUUAGACUUGGCGACUGGAGGAUCUUAAAGGAGUACUUGUGAUUGAAUUAUUUUAUGACGCCGCAGACGAGUGGCGUAGGUGUCUCGCUCUCAAACUGCAUUCAAUAUCGCGAACACCAGUAGACAACUGACUUUUGUAGCUGACUUUUGUAGAAUUUAGAUUUACGAGAUUCAUCAGGAUCACAAGUACUAGUUCCUUCUACUCCUAAGCCAAUCCCAUCCUAUCCCUGUCUCCACUCUAGUGCUAGUUCCUUCUACUCCUAAGCCAAUCCCAUCCUAUCCUUCUCUCCACUCUAAUCUCGUCGGCGGUAUGGGAGGUGGCUUUGACUUCGGCAACUUGGGCGGCGGGGGUGGCGGUAGCUCGAGCUUUGUGAUGGAAACGAGUUUUUCUUCUGGUGGCACAACAACGACAAGGCAUAUUAUGGAAUGGAUUCACACUUACAUACACACUCGUUCUUUGCAAGAACAAGAUGAAGAUAUGCUAGUUUGUAAUUUUCCGUAGCACAUCAACCAAAAGUAGUAGAACUGUCUAGAUUUGAUUUAAGAACUCAGGAUAAGAAGCGUCGUUCCACCUCCACUUCCUUUCCUUCUUCAUAGCCAAAAAAACUACGACAACGACGAUGCAGAAUGGCAAGAGGGUUACCAAGACGAUCGAGAAGCGGAAUGGCGGACCUGCGCAAGCCACUAUAGAGAUGGAGAAGGGUGGCAAAAAAGUGCGAAAAACGCGAUCCGAAAAGAUGAAAGAACUUGAUGGAGAACUGUAGGAGUUGUGCUGAGAAGGACACGACGAAGGAUGAUGGAGAAACUAAGGUAAUUGUUGGACACAAAGGUAGGUGCUGAGUGUUGUUAAUAGUCGCGACACAUCAAAGAGAUGAUGGAGACGGUGACAGCAUCUGUGUGUAAUAUGCAUGUUGAACAACGAAUGAAGAUCAAAAUGCUCCUCCUGCGAUCAUGGAUGUAAUGAGCUUUUCCUUUUCGGAGGACGUUGUGACCUUCCAUCUCGAACCGAAUGAUGAAUUCGCUAAUAUGUGAAAAAUUUCUUGAAUACGAAUACUUGGUGAUGCAUAACUCUCGCAGAGCUGUCAAGCAAAUUCUGCGCUAUGUAAAUUACCUAGAGACUUUCCCUACAUAUGAACCUAAAUCAGUGAUGGAGCGUGCUAGUGGUGUCAUAAUUCUCGUACCCCCCAAAUGGUUCAACGUCAAAAGCUAAAGAGGAACUGCCUGAAGGAAUGACAAUAUCGUGUUCAUCGCGGCCUACUAGAAAGUAUCGCGUCUCUGACUCUGGUUCUGAAAGAAUCGAGGUUGCUUUGG